AUGCAGGCCUUCUCGAAGAUCACCCGCGCCGCCAUACAAGCUUAUGCGGGCAACGCUGAGAAUUUCCUCGGCAGGACCCUCGAGUGGCCGUGGUACGUGUUCUGGACCAACGCGUUCUAUGGUUCUGUGGACCCGCGGAAGGUCGUCGUUGGCCCUCAAACAGAGCUCGUCAAACCCCAGCAUACCAACGACGGCGAGACUGUAUACACGCGGAGGGUCCCCGACUUCGUCCCCCACUAUCUCACUGGAGUGCCUUUGGCCCACGACAUCGAUUCGUUGCUACGGGUCACCAAUCGCCGAGAGUUGCGACAAUUCUACAUGGGCAAAUGCGCUCUAUCCAACGCAACCGUUCUCUCCAUCUGCGAGGUCAAGGCACUGCCAGAUCCGGAUAAUAUACCGGAUGACGAUCAUUUUUGGGACGUACUAGUCAACUUAGUCGACGGAGUCCAACACGAGGCGUGGUCCGACGCGCGAAUUCAGGUCAAGGUACAUCUCUCAUCUUGUCCAGAUAUCGUGGCGGUCGUAGCCAUCGCGACGUUUGGACCCUUCUUCUCUUGGAAGGUCUUCGUUCAGGGUGCGGUCAGUCGCAUAUCCAGCAACCGGGAUGCAACGUACGAUCCUGCGAAGGAGGAAGACGCCGGCGAUUCAGAGGAUUCUGUGCAGGAUAUUGAGGACCCUCAGCAAGAGCAUGAAAUACCCGGCGGGACAGCGGCGGAGGCUCAGAAUGAGCGACCCAAGCGAGGCCCGCAUCAAAUUGCGUGGUUGCAACGUUAUCUUGCCGAAGACGCUGAAGGCCUUCGUGAUCUGGACCGGGAGGACGAAGAGAAACGAACCACCUCGAAGAAAUUGAACGGGAAAUUCAAGGAGUUGACGCGACUCAUCUCUAGGCCAAAGAAGGAGGACGGGGGCGUCAAGGAUCAAGAUGAGGGCAAGCAGAAGCGCAAAGAUGAGAAAGCGAGCAAGGGUAAGGGCAAGAGUAAGGGCAAGGGAAAGGACGAGAGCAAGGGCAAGAAGAAAGGCAAAGGCAAGAGCAGGGACGGGGGCGAAGACGGGAACGGAAGCAAGCACACGAACGAGAACGAAAACAAGAACGAGCCUGAGGACCAGCAUGGGGACGGGGUCCAGCAUGAAGAUGGAGACAAUCAAAGGGAUGAGGACAACGCGGCAAACGUACUUCCGGCUAGGCCAAUCCCGGCUUUGGAGUUGCCGCCGUUCCGUGAGGACCCAGAUGAGUCGGACGAUGAGGGCCACGGCUCUGACCCUGAAGACGAUGGCCCCGACAAUGGUCCUCACAACGAAAACGAAUGGUCCGAGUGGUACCACUGGGACUCAAUCGACGGCAUCAAGGAACGGAACAGGAUGUUCAACGCGAUCCAGCGCCUGAACCCUGACCUCGAGUUCCUCCUCUAG